AUGCAUCCAUCCUGCUACGCUCGCCCGUUUGUCCGUCUCUGCUCCUCGUUCGUGGGAUCGCAGUUGCCUGAGUCAUUAAGAUUAUCCCUCCGUCCUCGCCUCUUCUCCAGCAUGGCCUUGGCAUCCACCACGCCGCGUGAUCCGAACACGCUGAGCAACUACAACAACUGGCGCUCCACCCACAUCACCGCCAACUUCGACAUCCUCUUCGACCAGAAGAAGCUGGUCGGCAAUGUCGUCCACCAGUUCAAGUCCACCACCGAUGCCCAGUCGCGUGAGAUCAUCUUAGACACCCGCCAUCUCGACAUCAGCGCGGUUAAGGUGGAUGGCCAGCCCUCCCAGUGGGAACUGCUGCCCGCGCUGGCCCCCUUUGGCACCCCACUCAAGAUCACCCUUGAGAAGGGCGUCGAGCUCAAUGGCACCGUUGAAGUGGAUAUUGCCGUGCAAACCACGGACCAGUGCACGGCCCUGCAGUGGCUCACCCCGACCCAAACGUCCAACAAGAAACAUCCGUAUAUGUUCUCUCAAUGCCAGGCCAUCCAUGCGCGGUCCAUCUUCCCCUGCCAGGAUACCCCCGACGUCAAGAGCACGUUUGACUUCAACAUCACGUCUCCGCUCCCGGUCAUGACUAGUGGCCUGCCCAUCCGGCAGUCGUCCCUGACCUCCCAGUCGGGAAAUCAGCUGUACCGAUUCCACCAGUCGGUUCCGAUUCCCAGCUAUCUAUUUGCCAUUGCGUCUGGUGAUGUCGCCGAGGCCCCCAUUGGUCCGCGCAGUGUCGUGGCCACUAGCCCGGACAAGCUGGACGAGUGCAAGUGGGAGCUAGAGGCCGAUACAGAGAACUUCAUCAACACCAUCGAGAAAAUUGUGUAUCCUUACGUCUGGGGCGAGUAUAACGUUCUGAUUCUGCCGCCCAGUUUCCCCUAUGGUGGUAUGGAGAACCCGAUCUUCACCUUCGCGACUCCCAGUAUUAUCUCCAAGGACCGUGAGAAUGUUGAUGUCAUUGCCCACGAGCUGGCGCACAGCUGGAGUGGCAACUUAGUGACGAACUGCUCGUGGGAGCAUUUCUGGCUGAACGAGGGUUGGACGGUCUACUUGGAGCGUCGGGUAUGUAUCAGCGCUAGCGUCCCUGGGCUUGUCAGAUCGACUAACAGAUGCAUAGAUUUUGGCUGCUGUGUACGUACUGGGGAUGGAUCUGCUCACGUGGGUGGUACUGACUUCUGCAGGCAUGGCGAGGCCUACCGCCACUUUUCGGCCAUCAUCGGCUGGAAGGCUCUCAAAGACUCGGUGGAGCAUUUCGGCGCCGACCACGAGUUCACCAAGCUGAUCACGGACCUGAAGGGCAAGGACCCGGACGAUGCUUUCUCGAGCGUCCCCUACGAGAAGGGCUUCAACUUCCUGUUCCAUCUGGAGAACUUGGUGGGCAAGCCGAAGUUUGACAAAUUCAUUCCUCACUACUUCACCACCUUCAAGUGCAAAUCCCUGGACUCGUACGAAUUCAAGGCAACCAUCCUGGACUUCUUCCAGUCCGACGCCGAGGCCUCCAAGCUCUUGAAUGAGCUGGACUGGGACAAAUGGUUCUACGCACCCGGACUACCCCCCAAGCCGGACUUCGACACCUCCAUGGUGGACGUGGUGUACGCGCUCGCCAAGAAAUGGGAGUCUCUCCCCGACUCCUCCUUCAAGCCGCAGGCCAGCGAUCUAGAGGGCCUGGCAGCGAACCAGAUCCUGGUCUUCUUGGAGCAGAUUCUGUUGUGGGAGAAACCACUCAGCCCGGAGUUGUCCAAGCUGAUGGGCGAGGUAUACGGGCUGUCCCAGAGCGCGAACAUCGAGGUGGCCAACCUGUACCUGCAAGUCGGUAUGAAGGCCGGUGACGAGAGCGUCAUCGAGCCCACCACCGAGCUGCUGGGCCGCAUCGGACGCAUGAAAUUCGUGCGACCUUUGUUCCGCAACCUGCAGAAGAUUAACCGCCCCGUUGCCCUGGAGACCUUUGAGAAGUACAAGGACUUCUACCACCCAAUUUGCCGGGCGAUGGUUGAGAAAGACCUGUUUGGUAAGAAGUGA